ACGAUACAAGUUUGGCGCCAUUUGUGGUAUUGUCUUUAAUUUUCGUGCGUCCUUCUUAUUCAUUUCGCAUAUAGAUCCAAUAUAUUUUUCUAAGCGUUCGCAUGCACGCACGCAUAUUACGAUAAUUCCUUAUAUUAUAUACCAUAUAAUCUUAUCUCACGAUGUUUAUAAAGUCGAUGGUGUUGGAAGGUUUCAAAUCUUACGGCAAAAGAAUUGAAAUUACCGGUUUUGACAAAGAAUUCAACGCUAUCACAGGAUUUAAUGGAAGUGGAAAGUCGAAUAUUCUGGACGCUAUAUGUUUUGUAUUGGGCAUUACAAAUCUCGGACAGGUACGCGCUACAUCUUUGCAAGAGCUAGUAUACAAGUCUGGCCAGGCAGGAAUACAGAAAGCAACCGUUACGAUAGUAUUUGAUAAUCGUGAUCGCGAUUCGUCUCCAAUGGGAUAUGAACAUCACGAGGAACUUGUAAUAACAAGACAAAUAAUAAUCGGUGGAAAAAAUAAAUACUUGAUUAAUGGAUCAAACGUACCUAAUAAAAGAGUUCAAGAUUUGUUCUGUUCGGUACAAUUAAACGUAAAUAACCCACACUUUUUGAUAAUGCAAGGUAGAAUAACUAAGGUCUUAAAUAUGAAACCAGGAGAAAUUUUAUCUAUGAUCGAGGAGGCAGCAGGAACGCGCAUGUAUGAGACGAAAAAGCAGACAGCGUUAAAGACCAUAGAGAAGAAGGACAAUAGGCUGAAAGAAAUAAAUGAUGUUUUACAAGAAGAAAUAGCUCCAAAGUUGAAUAAACUCAAGUUGGAGAGAUCUCAAUAUAUGGAAUUCCAAAGGAUGCAAAGAGAAUUGGAACAUUACAAGAGGAUAAACAUUGCUUGGAAGUAUACCAUCGCUUUGAAGCACAAUGAAAAGGCAGAGAAAGAUAUACGGUUAACCAAAGAUACGAUAAAUGAAAAAUUAAGAAACAUUAAUAUCGGGGAAGAAGAGAUACGUGAAAUAGACGAUAAAUUGGCCGAAAUUGUUAGGACUAGAGACGCGGAAUUCGGAAUAAAGUUGGAAAAGUUGGAACACGAUUUAAAGGAUGCGGAAAAAGUACAAUAUAAGGUAGCGGCCCGAUCUAAUGGUAAUAAAGAAGAUAUUAAAGCUGCGAGAAAGACGGCGGAACAAUUAAAAAUGAAUAUUAUCGAGGACGAGGAAAUGUUGCUCGUUAAAGAGAAAGAAAUAGAAAAGUUUGGUAGCUUGUUUCAGCAAUUAAAAGAGGAGGAUGAGAAAGACGCCGAGGCGUUAAUCGUUGCCCAAGAGAGAUAUCAAAAGAUCAGUUCGGGAUUAUUACAAACUGAGGACGGUGAGAAUGCGACGUUGGAGCAACAAUUGAUAUGUGCCAAACAAGGUGUUACCCAAGCGCAAACGGAACUGAAACAGUCGCAGAUGUCAUUGGAUCAUGCUAAAAGUCAAUUGAAUGGAAAAUUAAAAGACAUGUACAAUACGGAAGAUGAAUAUAUGAGGGAUAAUAAAGAUCUCGAGAGGAAGGAAAAGGAGUUGAAGAAUUUGGAAAAUGAAUUGAAAAAGAUUAAUUACAAAAAGGGCCACCUGGAAGAGCUAGAAGCUCAAAAGCAUUCGUUAAAAUGCGAAAUAAGAUCUUUGCAAGAGAAAGUGGAUCAAUUUGAAUUGCAAUAUCCUCAGCUUAGGUUUCAUUAUAAAAUCCCGGAUGGCAAUUUUAAAGAGAAUUCCGUUAAGGGAUUGGCGUGUACGCUGUUAACGAUUAAGAAUAAGGAUACUGCGUACGCCUUGGACGUGGCUGCGAGCGGGAAGCUUUACAACGUAAUAGUCGAUACGGAAAAUACAAGUAAAAGAUUACUGCAGCACGGUCAGCUACAACAACGCGUCACGAUUAUUCCUCUUAACAAAAUAAACGGAAGACCAAUGGAGCGGCAUAUAAUCGAAUUUGCCGAAAGAUUGGUUGGCGCGGAUAACGUUCAGUCGGCCUUGUCGCUUAUUGAUUUUCCAGAAGAGAUCAGACCUGCGAUGACAUGGAUAUUCGGACAGACCUUUAUAUGUAAAGAUAUGGAAACGGCAAAAAGAAUAGCUUUUCAUGAGAAAAUCAUGAAAAAAUGUGUCACCAUAGAAGGUGAUAUUUUUGAUCCUGCCGGUACAUUGUCCGGUGGUGCACCCUCUAAAACAGGUUCGGUUCUCCUUAAAAUAGAAGAAUUAAAAGAAACGAAAAAUUCAUUGAAAGAGAAACAACAACAAUUGACGGAGAUUGAAAGAGUUCUGACAGUUGCUCAGAAGACAGAGGGACAGUACGCGUCGUUGAAAGAACGAUUUGAUUUGCACAAGUAUGAGGUCGAUAUGGUGCGACAAAGAUUACAGCAAACGACGCAUCAUAAGAUUAAAGAGGAGGUAGAAUCAUUGAAGGGAAAUAUUGAUGGCUUGAUGAAGCGUAUGAAUGAGGCGAAAAUUUUGGAAAGAGAUAACGAAAGAAGGACCAAGGAAUUGGAAUGUCAAUUGAAGGACGCUAUAAAUAUUCGCGAAAAGCAAUUAAAAGAAUCGGAAAGUCUAUUAACGACCCUAAAGAGGAAAGCUGAAAAGAGUCGUGCCGAGUGGCAAAAACGGGAACAAGAAUCGGAAACGCUGGAAUUGGAGAUAAAAGAGUUAAAGGGAACUAUAGAGACUGGUAAGGGACAAUUGAUUAAGGCCGAGGAAAAGUUAAUUGAGCUCAAUGAAAUCGCACGUGAUUUCGAAAAAGAACUCGAGGAAAUUAAUGUCACGUUGGAGACUUUAAGAAACAACGUCAAAGAACAAAAGCGUAUUAUAAAUCAACAGAAUGAGGAUGUGCAAAAGUUAAAUGCAAAGAAAGAAGAUAUCGUGAAGCAAAACAGAGAAACAGAAUUGGAAAUAAAAAAGUUAAAUCACGAGAUUAAUACAUUUGACAAUUAUUCGAAAGAUUGCAAAGAAAAAGUCGUCGAACUAACGAAAAAGUAUCAUUGGAUAGAAGAGGAUAAACAAUACUUUGGGAAAGCAGGUGGUAUGUACGAUUUUGAGGUUAACAAGCCAGAGGAAAUGGAUCAGAAAUUGCAGCAAUUGCAGAUACAGUGCGAUAAGCUUAGCCGUAACGUCAAUACACGAGCGAUUAAUCUCUUGGAUAAAGAAGAGGAACAGUAUAAUGACAUGGUGAAAAAGAAAAAGAUCGUUGAAAGUGAUAAAAAGAAGAUACUCGAAACGAUCAAAUAUUUGGAUGAAAAGAAGAAGGAGACACUGCUAAAAGCUUGGGAACAGGUUAAUAGAGACUUUGGUUCGAUAUUCAAUAGUCUGUUGCCAGGAGCUGACGCUAAACUGAUACCUCCGGAAAAUCAAACGGUUACGGAAGGAUUGGAAAUCAAAAUUGGAUUUUCUGGAAUUUGGAAAGAAUCAUUGGGAGAAUUGUCUGGCGGUCAAAGAUCCUUAGUAGCUUUAUCUUUAAUACUAGCUAUGCUUUUAUUUAAGCCAGCUCCGCUUUACAUAUUAGACGAAGUAGACGCAGCUUUGGAUCUUUCUCAUACAGAAAAUAUAGGUACAAUGUUGAAGAGACACUUUAAACAUUCACAGUUUAUUGUUGUGUCAUUAAAAGAUGGUAUGUUCAAUAAUGCUAAUGUAUUAUUUACAACCAGAUUCAUUGAUGGGAUGUCAACGGUUACUAGAACAGAGAAAUCUAGAUCAAAGUAAUAAUAAUAUUAAAGAGCGCGCGCGCAUAUUUUUACAUUUUCUUGCUUUUUAAUAAUUCUCUUUCUACCACUACUGUUGUAUCCCCUCCGUCUGAAAUAAAUUCAUGAUUUGUUUUACCCUA